AUGCCGGGCUCGUCUGCUAUGAUUGCUCAUGGCCGGAUGGUGCGGGGAGUCCAAUGGCAACUGAGGCGUUCGUUGCACGCUGGACGCAGCACUCGCCUCACUUCAGCACACCCCUGGGCAUUCGUGAAGCGUGAGGCGCUGUUGGGAGCUAGCCACCAUCGGGUCCUGUUUGCUGGGAGGAGCUGUCGCAGCAUUCACAUCCCGACCGUGCUCCUCCCGCCCGUGGUCUUUACCGGCCUGCUGGUGGGGUUGUGGAUCUGGAAGUGCGUCAUGAUGGUGGUCUUCCAGAACAAGAUCAUCUACAUGCCCGGACUACCGCCAAGCUCCCGCCGGGAGCAGAUCGCGGACUGGGCCAGCAUGUGUGGAGGCGUCCAGUGGACCGAGGAGAGGACGGCGGCUGCGGACGGGACCGAGCUUGCCCUCGCCGUGACUACCGUUCCUCUACCGAAAGAUAGAUGUCCGGGCGCGGCAGCACCGGAGGUUGCCGCUGCGCAUGUCUAUGUUCUCUACUUUCAGGGGAACGCCUCAUCGAUACCGCCACGGCUGCCCGACUUGUCUUGGGUUCUUCGGGCUGUGAGUGACAGCAAGGCCCCCGUGCUAGCGCCGAUGCAGUUGACGUUUGUCUGUCUGAGCUACAGAGGUUACUGGACCUCACGUGGCCGCCCCUCAGAACCCGGUCUUCGGCUCGACGCCGAGGCGGGUGUGCGGUGGAUUACCGAGCGCCACGAACGAGUUUUCGGGAGUGUCGGGGCCACCGACCCCAUUUUGCUUGUCUGGGGGCAGAGCAUCGGAGCAGGGGUUGCAACGAACCUCGCUGCCACUGGCCGGGUUCCUUCGAGCAUGCCGAUCCGAGGCCUCCUCCUCGAAACUCCCUUUGUGUCAAUCAGGGCUAUGCUGGAGACCCUGUAUCCCCAGAAAUGGCUGCCGUACAAGUACCUCUGGCCGUUUCUCCGGAACCAUCUGGAUAGCUGGGGGAACCUGGGGCUGAUCGCCCAAGCCUCAAAGGAGAGCGGGGCCGCAGCGCCCAUGGUGUAUAUCCUCGAGGCGGACAGGGACGAGCUUGUCCCGAAGGAACAGAGCGACCGUCUUUAUCAGAGGUGCGUGGAUCUCGGCCUGACCGUUGAGAAGGGAACUGUGCCAGUGGCAUACCACCAGCAGGCGAUUGCCCGAGGGGAUGGGAAAAAAUUGGCCGCCCAGGCCGUCCUGAAAUUGGCCCAAAAUGCGCGAGACAGCGGUUGA